CGAUUGUGAGCCGACACAGUACCUAUGUUCCCAGCGGGAACGUGAAAGCCGUCGCGUGCACACAAACUUCCUCCAGCACUUCGGCCGUCCUCGUUUCCUCCAGCAAGAUGAGGACGCUUCUCCCGCUGCUGUCGCUGGCCGCCAUGGCCCGGGCGCUCUACUUCUACAUCGAUGUCACAUCGCCAAAAUGCUUUUUCGAGGAGCUUCCCAAGGACACUCUGGUGGUGGGCCACUACACGGCCGAGGAAUGGGACGACCGCUUGCAGGCCUGGGCGAGGCACGACGGCAUCAAAAUCUACAUCACAGUCGAUGAGGUCUUCGACAACGACCACCGCGUCGUCUCCCAACACGGCGCCUCCUCAGGCAAAUUCACGUUCACCGCCGCCGACGCAGGUGACCACAAGCUCUGCUUCACCCCUUCCUCGAACAGUGGCCGGUCUAACUGGCUAUCGCUCUCGAGCCCCAACGGGGGCAUCCGGCUGUCGCUAGACCUUGCCAUUGGCGAAACCAGUGCGCUCGAGGGCGGGGACAAGGAGAAGAUUCAGGACCUGGCGACGCGCGUGCGGGAUCUGAAUGCAAGGCUGAAUGAUAUCAGGAGAGAGCAGGUUUUCCAGCGGGAACGCGAAGCUGAAUUCCGUGACCAAUCCGAGAGCACCAACGCCCGUGUUGUCCGGUGGAUCCUGAUCCAGCUCACCGUGCUGGGCGUGACUUGCGCCUGGCAGCUGUCGCACCUGCGGUCCUUCUUCAUCAAGCAGAAGCUCACAUAGAGUCUCUCAUAAAAACUGUGAAUUCGACUAUUGUUGCUGUGUCUGGUACGGGAUUCCUGUCAGCUGAUCUGCUCUGUGUAUUGAUUCCGGUUACGGAGUGCAUGCUGUACUGUCUCGUCUCCUGGCUGAUAGAGGUGUAUGCCUCUGCUAUGAGGAUUGGAGCGGGAGUUUUUCGAACGUCUACGAGAUCAUGGUUUUACUGUAAUGAUACACAAUUGGUUAGGCGGGCGUGUGACUGGGGAUUGCGUAUGGGAACGGAUUGCUGAAAACCUACGGUCCGAGAAAACAGCUUGAGUGAACUGCAACUGGAAGGACGUUACCCUGGUGGCAGGCGGAAUCAUUUGCCUGUCCAUCUGCUAAUAGGUGGGCUUACCAGGGGAAUGAGCUGCCACGCGGACGUGUUUACACACCACCAUCCUCAUCUGUUCGUAGCUCCGUAAGUGGACUUCAAUCUCGCGCAGGAUAACAAGGGUUGCGAAGGC